GCUGCGCACAUUUCUAUCCGCCGAGCGCCUUUACGCAUUCCAGAGUCCAACGAAGCAGAACCUCGGCUACAGCGCUGCUGCUGGUUCUCCUCUCACCUGGAAGAGCUGCAGCAGAUUCAGCAGAACCGCCUCCAACAUCUGCUUUACUCUGAAAAGGGAUUUAAAGGAACUGUCGCCACCACUUCAAUAAACGCACGGUUCAAGAUAAGAGAUUGAGAAGGACAGAACUGCAUCAGGAGAUGCCAUCCAGGCUGAUUGGAAGAGUCUUUCUGACGAUAUGAAGGCUAUAUUUGGCUGAAAGGACUUAAAAACAGAACAGAAUGGACUCGGAGUAUUUAAAGAAGCAUCUGGGGAGAUGUCUGGUGGAAGGACUGGCUGAAGUGGCGGAGCAGCGACCGGUGGACCCUGUUCUGUAUCUGGCUCACUGGCUCUACAAGCACAACUCCAAUGAGGAAUAUGAGGCUGAGAAAAAAGCCUCUUUGGCGCUCCUGGAGCAGGAGAAGAAGAAAGCCACAGAAGAGCUGCUGCACCAGGAGAAGCUGAAGGAGGAGGAGAGGAAGAUCAGCGAGGCCUUGAAGGAGUGGACAAAAGUAGGUCUCUGGAGCACACCAUUAGAGGUCAGCAGCUCUUCCUCAUCUCAGGCUCUCAACACUGACAACAAAACGGAGGCUGCAGAAACACCUGAUGAAAGAAACAAAGUAGAGCUGAAGAAUGAUGAAGUAGAGGAGACAACAGACGUGGAGGCAAAGACUGAUCCAGCAGAAGAGAAAACUGAGGAGGAGGAGAGAAAUGCUGAACAAAAAGAAGUGAAAGACGAUGACCAAGAUGAGAAAAAGGUCGAUCAAUCUGAAUCUGCUCAACCUGAACAAACUGAGUCGACUCCCAGACGGGAUGUUAGCGAUUUGAAAUCAAAUGAAACAGAAGAGCCGAGCGACAAACGAAGCCCUCGUACUCCUGACCCUCAGGACACAGAGAAGGUUGAUGAAGAAGAAGAACCUGGUAAACCUGAAGACUCUGUCCAGGAGGAGUCGACCUCAGCUCCACAGAGCGACGACAUCAAACCAGAGGAGACGAUUCUGAUUGAAGAGCAAGAAGAACAGACGACAGAAACUGCAGAGGAGACGCAAAAAUCAAGUUCUCCUCGUCUCCAGGAGCAGGAACAGGAGGGUGAUGAGCAGCAAAUGACUGAGACGACAGAUAACUGGACUCCAGCUGAAACUAACGUAACAACAGAAGAAACAACACAGAAUGAAAGACCUGCAAGUUCACAAGAAGAGGCUGAAAAACCUCCGUCUGACGGGGAAGACGCCCAGCAGAAGGAAGAAGAAAAAGAAGAAGCAGAAGAAACAGAAUAAAUCUGUCGUCUUUUACAUAAACUCAAAUAACAUCAUAGCUUCUGUGUGCACAUGUAUCUGCAAAUAUGAAAUAUUGAACAAAUAUUGAUCACACAUCUUUUCUUUUCAGCUGUUUGAUUUCAGUAGCUUCAUUUGUUGCAGAUCCUCUCUGUUUAAAACACAUAAAAUAUCCUGUAGAAUUUAUGCAUAAACUAAUAUUGUUCAACCAUCAGCAACCAGAAAGCUGUUAUCAGUCAGAAAGUCACACUGGAAAACAUUCAGAUCCUUCACAUAAGUCAUAUGAAGUAUUUGCUGCCAGUGUAAUUAAAGUGUUAAAAUAAAUGAUAUAUUAUUAUUAUGAAUGACA